AGCCAAUGGAUUGGUUAGCUAGACAAGGUUGACUUUGGGUCAACCCUCUCACUGGACUUUUAUCUGAGGCUCUUCUUGUCGUGACCACACAAGCUCUUUUUUGCUUCACAGAAGGUAAAUUCUUGUCUGCUUGUUUUGCUUUGAUCCGUCGUUUAUACUUUGUUGUGGUGAGUGGAAUUUGCUUCAAAAUAAAUCCUGAAAUUAUUACGAGAUUCUGAACCAGUUCCAUUUGAUAUAAUAUAAUAAUAUAAACAAUACCUGAAUCUUUAAGUCAAUACUUACUACAGGUUUGUUAUCUAAACAAGUUCUUCUCUGUUUUAGUAAAUGUUUCUUCUGUCUCAGUCUCACUAGAACGAUCUGUCCAUGAAAUUUUCUCGUAAAGGGUUAUUAUGGCUGAAGGAGUUGUGUUGUUUGGAGUUCAUAAGCUUUGGGAGCUUCUGAAUCGAGAAUCUGCGCGAUUGAAUGGAAUUGGUGAACAAGUUGAUGGACUAAAGCGUCAGCUGGGAAGGUUACAGUCAUUGCUGAAAGAUGCCGAUGCCAAGAAACAUGAAAGUGAAAGGGUGAGAAACUUUCUGGAAGAUGUCAGGGACAUUGUUUAUGAUGCUGAGGAUAUAAUCGAAUCCUUUCUUCUGAACGAAUUUAGAACAAAAGAAAAAGGGAUCAAGAAGCAUGCGAGAAGACUUGCUUGCUUCUUAGUGGAUCGCCGGAAAUUUGCUUCAGAUAUCAAAGGCAUAACUUAGAAGAUUUCCGAGGUGAUUGGGGGAAUGAAGAGUUUAGGAAUACAAGAGAUUAUCGAUGGUGCUAGUUCGAUGUCGCUGCAAGAAAGACAAAGGGAGCAAAAGGAGAUCCGGCAAACGUUUGCUAACAGUUCUGAAAGCGACCUUGUGGGGGUGGAACAGAGUGUUGAAGCAUUGGCUGGUCACUUGGUGGAGAAUGAUAACAUUCAAGUGGUUUCUAUAUCUGGGAUGGGUGGUAUUGGUAAAACCACUCUCGCAAGACAAGUCUUUCAUCAUGACAUGGUACAACGCCAUUUUGAUGGAUUCGCAUGGGUCUUUGUUUCGCAACAGUUUACGCAGAAGCAUGUUUGGCAGAGGAUCUGGCAAGAACUUCAACCACAAAAUGGGGACAUUUCACAUAUGGACGAGCAUAUACUCCAGGGUAAACUCUUUAAAUUGUUAGAAACCGGUAGAUAUUUGGUUGUUCUUGAUGACGUAUGGAAAGAAGAAGACUGGGACCGAAUUAAAGCAGUGUUUCCGCGGAAAAGAGGUGAGCUCUUAUGGUCCAUACUUAAGGCACUUAUUGUUUAAAUUUUACUAGUGACUGGGGAAAGAGAGAUAUGAAAGCAAGCAAGACGCACACACACACUGGUCGCAAAUGCCUUUUGUUCUCUAAGAUGUAACUGGAAAUGUUUUCCAGGUUGGAAGAUGCUUCUCACUUCUCGCAAUGAAGGUGUUGGAAUACAUGCAGAUCCAAAAAGUUUUGGCUUUAAAACAAGAAUCCUUACUCCUGAAGAAAGUUGGAAGCUAUGUGAGAAGAUAGUGUUUCAUAGGAGAGACGAAACUGGUACACUUUCAGAAGUAAGGGUUGAUGAAGAUAUGGAAGCCAUGGGAAAGGAAAUGGUCACGUGUUGUGGAGGACUACCAUUGGCCGUUAAAGUUUUGGGAGGCUUAUUAGCUACGAAACAUACAGUUCCCGAGUGGAAAAGAGUAUAUGACAAUAUUGGACCCCAUCUCGCAGGAAGAUCUAGCUUAGAUGACAAUCUCAAUUCGAUUUAUCGAGUAUUGUCUCUGAGCUAUGAAAAUUUGCCAAUGUGUUUAAAGCAUUGCUUCCUUUACCUAGCCCAUUUUCCCGAAUAUUACGAAAUACAUGUGAAGAGAUUGUUCAAUUAUUUAGCGGCAGAAGGAAUAAUAACGUCAUCUGACGAUGGAACAACCAUCCAAGAUAAGGGAGAAGACUACCUAGAAGAGCUAGCGAGGAGAAAUAUGAUUACUAUCGACAAAAACUAUAUGUUUUUGAGAAAGAAACAUUGUCAAAUGCAUGACAUGAUGAGAGAAGUAUGUUUAUCAAAAGCCAAAGAGGAGAACUUCCUAGAAAUCUUCAAAGUCUCUACAGCCACCUCUGCCAUCAAUGCUCGAUCUCUUAGCAAAUCUCGCAGACUCUCCGUACAUGGUGGUAAUGCCCUUCCAAGUUUGGGACAAACAAUCAAUAAAAAAGUCAGAUCUCUUUUGUAUUUUGCUUUCGAGGAUGAGUUUUGUAUACUAGAGUCAACAACCCCAUGCUUCCGAAGUUUACCAUUGCUUAGGGUGUUGGAUCUUUCUCGGGUAAAGUUUGAAGGAGGGAAGUUACCUUCCAGCAUUGGAGAUCUCAUCCACUUGAGAUUCUUGAGCUUACACCGGGCAUGGAUAUCUCAUCUACCUUCUUCUCUGCGGAAUCUUAAGCUUCUGCUCUAUUUGAACUUGGGCUUCAAUGGGAUGGUUCAUGUGCCAAAUGUUUUGAAAGAGAUGCAAGAACUGAGGUACCUUCAGUUACCUAUGUCAAUGCAUGAUAAAACAAAGUUGGAAUUGAGUGACCUAGUGAACCUGGAGUCUUUGAUGAAUUUUUCAACAAAGUACGCUAGUGUGAUGGACCUCCUCCAUAUGACUAAGCUAAGGGAGCUCAGUCUAUUUAUUACUGACGGGUCUAGUGACACUCUAUCGUCAUCUCUUGGUCAAUUGAGAUCCCUGGAGGUGCUUCAUUUAUAUGAUAGGCAAGAACCUCGUGUAGCUUAUCAUGGGGGAGAAAUUGUUCUGAAUUGUAUUCACCUAAAGGAAUUAGAGUUGGCGAUACAUAUGCCAAGGUUUCCUGAUCAAUAUCUAUUCCAUCCCCACCUUUCACACAUAUAUCUAUGGUGUUGCAGCAUGGAGGAGGAUCCAAUCCCGAUUCUUGAAAGGCUGCUGCAUUUGAAGUCAGUUAUAUUAACAUUUGGUGCUUUCGUCGGAAGGAGAAUGGUGUGCUCAAAAGGCGGUUUUCCUCAAUUAUGUUUUUUAAAACUAGAAGAACUAGAGGAGUUGGAAGAGUGGAUAGUAGAAGAAGGGCGAUGCCACUUCUUCGUGCUUUGACUAUAUGUAAUUGCAGAAAGUUGAAGCUUCCGGGUGGGAUCAAUUACAUAACCUCCUUAAAGGAAUUGACAAUUGUAGGAAUGAAGUGGAAGGAGAAACUGGUACCGGGUGGAGAAGAUUACUACAAAGUCCAAAACAUUCCCAAUGUUCAAUUUAUCAACUGUGACGAAUAAGGAGAAUAACCAGUAGCAAGUAAAACAAUUUGAUAUUCUGUUUACUCUGUUUAUUUGCAGAUGAAACUCAGUAAGAAUCAUAACAAACAAUGUCUUCAAAUAUAAAAACACAUCACAAAACAAUACAACACUUAUUUUUUGCUCACUUGUGCACACCUCAAGCAUCACUUCAUUGUUUGAUUAAGUAUGGAUAUAAAUCAACGAACAAGAAAAACUGUAGCAUGAGUGAUCAGG